GGUGGGGCGCGGUGGGGCGCGGUGGGCGGGAGGAGAAGGGAGCCAUGGGGGCGCGCUGCAUCCCUGGCGUCGAAGAGCCGUCGCCACCCCAGUGACACACAAACAGUCGCCAGGACAUCACGUCGCCGACGUCGUCGCGGGCGUGCGCCGAGGAGGCGUGGAGCAAGAGCCGGCACAUGAAGUGCUCGAAGAAGGACCGGGGACGCGCACGACGCGCAGGUGCCGCACGGGCCGGGCCGAGACGGCCGGGACGGGAUGUCGAUGAAGAAGGAGUCCCCCCUGGACGCGCACCUCCACAUCGCCGCCCUGCAGGGCGACGUGGCCACGCUGCGGAGGGUGCUGGACAGCGGCCGGGUGCAUGUUGACUGCAAGGACAGGGAUGGCACCACGCCGCUCAUCCUGGCGGCGGCCAACGGCCACCUGGACUGCGUGGAGGAGCUGCUGGAGCAGGGCGCCAACCCGCGCGCCAGGAGGACGACCGGCACCACGCCCCUGUUCUUCGCCGCCCAGGGAGGCUUCCUCGACAUCGCGCAGGCCCUGCUGGACAACGGCGCGCAGGUGGACUCGGCCAGCGUGGAUGGAGGCACGCCGCUGUUCGUCUCGUGCCAAUGCGGCCACCUUGACGUCGCCAAGGAGCUCGUCAACAGGGGCGCCAACGUCAACGCGCACAUGAAGGACCGCGCGACGCCGCUGUUCAUGGCCUCGCAGAACGGGCACGGGCGCGAGGUGCUGUUCCUGCUGGAGGCCGGCGCCGCGGUGGACGCGCGCCGCACGGACGGCGCCACGGCCCUCUGGAUCGCGGCGCAGAUGGGCCACGAGCGCAUCGUGCGCGUGCUGCUGCGGCACGGCGCGGCCGUGGACACCACGCGACACGACGGCGCGACGCCACUGUUCAAGGCGGCGCACAAGGGCCACGCCGCCGUCGUGGACGAGCUGCUGCAGUACAGGCCCAGCCUGAAGCUGCUUCCGAACGGCGAGAGCGCCCUCCACGCCGCCGCGCUCUUCGGCCACGUGGCGGUGGUGCGCAAGCUCCUGGCGGCCGGGAGCGACCCGUCGCUGCGCAACCAGGAGGGGCUCACCGCGGCGCAGCUCGCCGCCGACAAGAAGCACCGUGCCGUCGUGGACCUCCUGGUGCUGGCCGCGCAGGCCAGCCGCAGCUAGCGCGCUAGCGCGCCGCAAGAAUAGAGAGAGCACUAUUUUUCUGAUAUUUUUGUACGUUAUGUGAUCACUUAUUUAAAGGUCGACCUACUCCACCCUGGCUCGCAAGUGCCCCGAAGCUGUGGCGAGUGUGAUUUGUUUAGUAUUGUUAUAUUGUAAUGUUAGUUAUGGGUCGUUUGGCGACCUCGGUAAUUUAUGUGUCUUUGAUUAUUGUUGCAUUCAAAAGUGUCGCCCAUUCGGCACGGCGGCAAGGUGGGCAUCAUUGAGGAAUGAGAUGUGGAAAAUGAAGUCUAGUCGGACAGUUAUUUUUGUUUUAGUUGAUCCUUUGAUUUUUUUAGUAUGUAAAACGCGUCACUUCUACUGCCAGUGUGAAAUGCAUAUCCGCCCUGGUUAAGCGCCACAACUAUUUUUUACGACUGUAUGUAAGAGACUUCUUAAUCGUAAACGGACACAGCAGGAUAUAUAUUUAUGAAACGUUCUUCGUUAAUAAACUUUGUUGUUGAACCAAA